AUGACGCGCGCCCACGGGAACUUUGUCGUAUCAGGUUUCGGUCACCCUGCUGCACAUCACGACCAACUGCAUAUCACCCCUGUUCGAAACAGCCUGCCACAACCGGUCCGGAAUGCCAAGCGCCCUCUCCUAGAAGAGCUACAGGAGAUCCUCGGGGACACAAGGGAUAGUCUCAAACACUGGGACAUGGUCCAUUGCUUGGCCACGACAGUCAGGGGGCAUCAAUGCACGAAAAAAGCCAAGAAAGUCAACAUACCACCCGCCAAACGUCUGCUCGACGGCAUUAGAGAAGCUGGAGAGUCGUGGGAAGCUCAGGAGUGCAUUGAGGACUUGGAGCUAUUCCUGAGCCACGCGACCUGCUCGGCCUUUGGAGCCGAAGGCCCUUACGGCAGGGGGCACUACGCCAAGGCGAAAGAACAGCUCGAGAAGUGGAAAGCAACACAUGUACCUGAUGGGAUUCUGAUCAGCCAGGACGAACUCGGCCAAGACAUCGGCGAGCAGUCAGCAGAAGAGGAGGCGCCGGCCUCUACCAACACCAUGCACGACGACACGGUGGCGUGCCAAGAUGUGCCUGACGAGGCGGCGCCAAAAGCGUGCGGCGGCACGAACACUGAUACAGACAUCGGGGCGGAUGAAUUGGCAGUUGACAGCUGCGACACCGCUCAUGGUAGCCCUGUGUCCAGAGGAAUCAAUCACACCGGUGUGAACGCAAACGUUGCAGACCUGAACGAGAGCGUGGCAACCCUAUCGCUCACCUCGACAGCUUCGACUAUCGCGACGAUCGCGGAGACCUCCGACAGCACUAUAGCAAGCGAUAUAUCUUCGCAAAGCUGCGAGUCCGUCCCCGAGAUCGACAUGUCGGAGGCAUCGACGCAAGACGCCACACAGCAAGAGUCUGAAGACGCCCAGGCACCUACGUCCGACAACACGGCCAGCGGCACGGAAGCUCGCCUGGCACAUCUCAAACUCGUCAUGAGCGGCGAUCGCGCGGUCCUGUACAGCGCGAUCACAAACCCUCCCACCCCCCACGACCUCGAGGAAGCGUCGCUGUACAUCUGCAAGCACGACACAGCGACAGGGAAGGAGCUGUUCUAUAUCGGCUGGGCCCGCGGCGACCCAAUGACUGAUGUGUCCCAGAGCUGUUACGCAGGACAAGCGUCAGUGAGCGUUAUGGUGGGGGGAGGCGAGAAAAGAUUCAAGGGGGCAGCUCGGGCGAGAAAGAUCAUUGCGGCAGCGCUCGCGGAUUCCAGACGCCGCGAUACUACCAACUGCACCACCGCGGACUGCCGGCUGAACCACCGCGACUGGUUCCAGACCACGCCCGAGCUCGUCGAUGUCCUGGUGAAUACCUGGUCUUGCUUUGUAGGCCUGGCCUACGGCCCCGACGGGCGGAUCACGGAGCAGGGCGUUACAGUCAUGGAUGUCCUCUGUCAGAUCCCCGGACUGACUGCGAUUCCGGCGGCUGUGGCUCCGGACGGGGAUGAUAAUGCGGCGACACGAUCGAUUGUCGGGCCGACGUUUAACGAGAUCAUGCAUAAGCUUGAGAAGCAGCUGCCAGAGAGAGUAUCUGCCCAGAUUCGCAAGAGCAUUCCCGCGGGAUUCUGGGCUGGCCUUCACCUUGCCGGUGCCAAAGUGAAGGGCAAGGUGAAGGGCAAGGUGAAGGGCAAGGUGUCCAAGGUCAAAGGCACCAUCGCGAAGGCAGGCAGAAGCUCACGCGAGCCGACUCCGUGCGAGGACGUAGUGGCGGAGGACCCCAGUGACAGCUCCUGGCAUGGGAGGAUCGGGACAAGGAGCAGUGCCAAAGCCGGUUGA